AUGCUGAAUCAUACGGACCCUCUGGCUUUGCGCCGAAUUGAGCCGCACUGGAAUUAUGGAUUGAUUGCAGCAUCCAUUGCGGUCUCCCUGCUCGGCGCAUUCACGUCAACGCAGAUGAUGUGCCAGGCCCGGACCAGUCGCUACUUCUCAGGUGUCUUGGUAUGGACACUACUUGGAAGUCUUACGUUUGGUUUCUGUUCCAUAUGGAGUCUGCAUUUCAUCGCCAUGCUGGCCUGCGAGCUUGAUGUGCGAAUAGGAUUGGACGUUCCGCUGACCAUUGUCAGUGCUCUUCUGGCAGUCAUCUUCACUUUCGCCGCAUUAGCAGCGGACAUUCUCCGGGAUCGAUAUAUGCUUUAUGUCAAGAAGGGGGAACGCAAGGUCAGGCGCGAGCGUAGGAGAGAAGUGACUCGGAAUCUUGGAAUGAAUCAGGAUGGGCACGCAAGCACGGAGGCGUUGUUAGAAACAGCACCUGGGGAGGACGAAGAGAACGCGCUCCCACCUCAACAUACAGAUGACGUUCAGGGUCGAAGAGCAAACAACCGCCGACUCAUCCGCGACAACAGUGGCCUUGGUCUCAUUGAAGAACACUUCGGCUCCAGUGAAACGACGCUGAGGAGUGAGGCUAAUGGCCAUAUACCGUUCAAUUUAAGCCAGUCUUUUGACGCAGGAGGCAAGCGGCCUGCUAUUUAUCGAGAUGACUCUGGUGUCGAAACUGUCAUCUCUGUUGUGGAUACAGACAGUUUCCCAAGGAGCUCCGAUGAUUCUGACCCUUCUAGACGAUCGUCUGUUCACUCUGAUAGUAGCAGAUUGAGCCUCCCGGCGUUUAUGAGCUUCAGAGUUUCGGCGCUCAAACCCACAACUAUGGCCAAUGGACUGGCCGGCAUCGCUGGGCUACUGUACCAAGGUGCAACAAUCAGGAACAUAUGCAAAGGCUUUGUGUGGUCGUUAGCGAUCACAAGCAUGCAUUACAUGGGUGUUCUGGCUAUGAGGAUUCCCGAUGGACAUUUCACGCUGGAAGCACCGAUUGUCGCUCUUUCCGCUGUGAUCAGCUGGUUGGUGUGCACAAUCGGGUGCAUUUUGAUGCCUCAGAUCGAGGUAAAGCUUUUGCAGCAGGUGUUCUUCUCUGUCGUCGCCGCGUCUGGAGUCGCGGCAAUGCAUUUUACGGGCAUGUGGGCAACGACCUUCUGGACCCGAGCGGACGAAAGUCCGAGUCAGGAUCGAGGUUAUCCCCCGGAUCUACCUGUCGCUGUUACUAGCAUCGCGAUCCUCACUUGUAUGCUUGCCAAUGGUCUUCUGGCGCAGUCAGCUACUAUUGCACGGAACAAGCUGGCCGAAAUCGUCCAGACGAGAAAGAAGCUGUGGGCUGCUAUUGCUCAAAAAGAGAAUGCCGAAGCCGCUGCGGCGGCACGGAGUGAGUUUAUUGCUUCGGCGUCGCACGAAAUCCGCACACCACUCCAUCAACUACAAGGUUACAGUGACCUGUUAGCACGAAUGGAACUCAACGACGAAUCUCGUCUCUUACUACUAGCAAUUCAGGAAGCAACUAGGUCAUUGUCUAUGAUUACCUCAAAUGUUCUGGACUGGUCACGAUUGGAGAAGGGCGAGGCAGUGUUCCGGCCGACUAGUCUAGAUUUGCGAAAGGUGUGUGAGUCGAUUGUGAAUAUCUUACCCAGCAAGGACGACGAGGCAGCGACAGAGCUGAUGAUUGUGGUGGCGCCCGAUGUCCCACAGACCGUUUUCUUGGACGAGACUUAUUUGCAGCGCAUCCUCAUGAACCUUCUGACCAACGCGCUGAAGUUCACGCAGAGUGGGUAUGUCCUUCUCCUGAUUGAGUACAGUGAGGACAACCUGGUCAUCAUUGUCAAGGAUUCUGGGUACGGGAUUCCGGAGUCAUUCCUACCACAUCUCUUCGAACCAUUCAAACAAGCUCAAACAAGAGGUGCAGAGAGAGGAACAGGCUUGGGAUUGGCUAUUAUCAGACAGCUACUGGACAAGAUCUCUGGGACCGUUUCUGUGGAAAGCACAUGCAGCAAAGUGGACGGCGGAGAGCUGGAGAAAUCCGGAAGCACUUUCACCGUGAGCAUUCCAAUGCCAGACAAUUCUAUCGCUCCACAAUCCAAGGACUCGGUGCAGGAAACCCGCCAAGUGGCUGUGUAUCAAGAAGCUGAAAGCCGUUUAUCUGAGGGGCUCAAAACUGCGUGGAAAACAUUCGGCUUCGAGGUAGUACUGGCAGAUCCUGGACAAAAAGUACGUAAGACUUGGGGCCUGAUAUGGACCGACCUGGAGUAUCUUAAAAAUCACCCAGACUUGCUGGAACGUCUUCUCAAAGUGAAGAACCAGCUUGUUCUAGUGCCAUACGACUCCCAAUGGCUGCUGGACAAAACAGUUGGUGGUGCUGCACCUUCGCACAUCAUCCCGAUCAGAAGACCUAUUCUGUGGCAUCGAAUGGUGGAAACCAUUGUCUCGGUACUUCAGUCUGGCAAAUCCGCGUCGGUAGACCGGUCUGUUCGAUUUGCAGAAGAGGUGGACAUUGUCGAGAGCGCCCCGGCGGACACUGUCGAGAACGGGACGCAAAAACAGACACCCGAAAAGAAAGCGCUCAGCGGUACAACCAUUCUUCUGGUGGAGGAUAACAAAAUCAAUCAGAGGCUUGGUGUAAAGAUGUUACAGACCCUUGGAUAUAGCGUCAUGACGGCUGAUGAUGGACAAGACGCCGUGGAAAAACUUGUCGAACACGAUUCCAAGAUUGAUCUGAUAUUGAUGGAUCAGUCCAUGCCCAGAAAGGAUGGAGUCACUGCACUGAAAGAGAUUCGCGAAAUGGAGCAGUCCGGUGAAUUAUCAAGGGCUCGACCUCUGAUCAUGGUGACUGCUGUCGUCGGUCGUGACGCUGCAUCACUCUGCAUAUCGAGUGGUGCGGAUGCGUUUCUGCCGAAGCCAUUGUCGUUGUCCAAACUGGAAGCCACGCUGAACAAAUUUCUGGGUUGA